AUGGUCAUAGACGUGGAAAACAACAAUCUCUCCGGUAUUAUUCCAAGUUCAAUGGGGGUCAUCAGUUUUCUCUAUAUGUUGGUUUUGAGCAAUAACAGCCUAGAGGGUGAAAUUCCUUCGUCUUUGCUGAAUUGUUCACUUUUGAGAAUUGAUCUUAGAGGAAAUAGACUAUUUGGAAAGUUACCCUCAUGGAUGGGGGCGACUACACUUUGGAUGCUACAAAUGCAAUCAAACUCUUUUAGUGGAAUCAUCCCGCAAAAAUGGUGCAAUAAUCCAUUUCUUCACAUCUUUGAUCUUGCAAACAACAACAUUUCAGGGGUUAUUCCCAAUUAUUUACACAAUUUAACUUAUUUGGUUUAUGAUGAUGCAUGCGUAACAGAACCCCGCGAGCAAAGACACGGUUAUGUGGAGCGAACAACUUUGGUGGAAAAAGGUGGAGAACUUGAAUAUGGCAAUACUCUUCAAUAUGUCAAUAUCAUUGAUCUUUCUCAAAACAAUUUAAUGGGUCAAAUCCCUGAAGAUAUCAGAAGUCUCAUUGCAUUAGGAACCUUAAAUCUUUCGGGGAAUCAGUUAACAGGAAGCAUCCCUAAGAACAUUGGAAAUAUUAGAUUGUUGGAAGCACUUGAUCUUUCAAACAACAAUCUUUUGGGAUCCAUUCCAAAAAGCAUCUCAUCUUUAACCUUUUUGAGUCACUUGAAUCUAUCUCACAAUAACUUGUCAGGAAGAAUCCCAUCAGGAAACCAACUCCAAACACUCGAUGAUUCGUCUAUUUCUGUAGAAAAUCCUUUAUUGUGUGUGUUUCUUCUUCCCACUAGGUGCCUCGGUGAUGAAGAUCAUACAUCUAAUUCAUCUACUUUGGGUGGAGGAGGCUCAAAGACAAUGGUGCUAAGAAUGAUAAUAAAAUGCUCUGGUUCUAUGUUAGCAUGGGAUCUAGAUUCCUUGUGGGACUUUGUGGUGUUUGCUUCACUUUAUGGAUCAAAGUGUCAUGGAGAAAAGUUUAUUUUUGGUUUGUAG